AUGGCGGACACAGCCCCCGCCCCAACAUCAGCCCCCGCGACCGGCGCGCCAGCAGCGCCAGCAGGCGGCGUAACAGCAGGGGCACCAAAUGCGCCUAAUGACCAGAAUGCCGCAAGUCGCGGACUACCAUACUACGAGAAGCUGCGACGAGAGCUACGAGACACGUUGUCGAAGAAGCGAUUGAUGGACAGAAGCAUGGCUCAACUCGAAGACCAAAUUUUCCGCUUUGAGCAAUCCUACCUCGAGGAGACGACUGCCGGCAACAUUAUCAAGGGUUUUGACAACUACAUCAAGGGCUCAGCCAAUGCGUCUAGCCUUGGUGCUUCGGGUCUGAGUAUUGGCUCGGUUGGUGGGCGUCGCAAGGCGCAGGUCACAGAUUCGGAUCGGGUGUUCUCAAGGAGUUCGGCGAGUUACAUGCUGGACUCACCUGGUCCCUCCUCUGCACAAACGACACCGUCGCAUGCGGCUACACCUACGUCUACUACCGGUGGGAACAUGCCUUCAACUAAAAGCAAUGGAGGUGAUGGGGGUUCUGCGAAGAACGUCUCGGUCUCUUCGAAAAAUAAAAAGAAGUCCAGUGGUGGGUCGAAGAAUACUAAGGGGAAGAAUCAGACGGAUGAGUUGUCUGAUGAUGACAAACCGCCUGUGAAGCGGUUGAAGAUUAGCUAUGGACGGGACUAG